UGCCAGGUCCACAGGGACCCAGUCGGGGGUCUCUCACUGCUCUCCACUCUUGGUUCCAGCUGACUUCCACCUCUUCAUGCAGGACAUGAAGGCACGGUGUGUUUCCCUCUGGAUCCUGGGCGCGACGCUCUUGCAGUGCUCGGUGCACGCCCGAGGUCUCAGGAGAUGUCUGAUUUCCACGGAUAUGCACCGCGUAGAAGAGAGUUUCCGAGAAAUCAGAAGAGCCAUCCAAGCUAAGGACAGCUUCCAAAAUGUCACCAUCCUGUCUGCAUCGGAGACCUUGCACAGCAUUAAACCCCUAGACGUGUGCUGCGUGACCAGGAAACUCCUGGCAUUUUACAUGGACAGGGUGUUCAAGGACCAUCAGGAGCUGAAGCCCCAAAUCUUGAGAAGAAUCAGCAGCAUUGCCAACUCUUUCCUCUACAUGCAGAAAACUCUGCAACAAUGUGAGCAGAGGCGGUGUCACUGCAGGCAGGAAGCCGCCAACGCAACCAGAAUCAUCCAUGACCACUAUGGUCAGCUGGAGGUCCGAUCUGCUGCCAUUAAGUCUCUGGGAGAGCUCGACAUCUUUCUAGCCUAGACUGGCAAGAAUCAUCAAGGAGCUUCAUCUGCCUGAUGACA